CGGACGGCAAACCUCGCGAGAAGUGCUAGGAGCUUUUCCGUGAAUUAUUUUUCCAACUCUGUACUUUCUGUCUCACAGUUCACAGCCUUUACAUAGUCACUAACCUUAAGGUCAUACAGCUAGCAUCUGAACGGCGUUUCUCCAGGCCCACAGUGUAAAUGAAAGCUGUAAUUCUCGCUGCCGGGUACGGAACCAGGCUCCAGAGGGAUGUCGUUGCGGACAGCAGCGGGAGGUUCGCCCACCUGGCCGGCGUGGCGAAGCCGCUGCUGCCGGUGGGUCGCUGCGCCCUGAUCUCCCACUGGGUCCACGCUCUGACCGCCUCCGGCUCUGUGGACGGCGUUUAUGUUGUAACCAACGCUCUUUACCACGCUGCAUUUGAAGAAUGGGCAGCACAUUUCACAAAUGUCAGGGUCCUCAACGAUCAAACGACAAGCAAUGACGAGCGUCUGGGUGCUGUGGCCUGCUUGCAGCUCGCAGUAAAGCACUUCAAGAUCGACGACCAUGUUCUAGUUAUUGGAGGUGACACCCUCUUCAAAGAAGAUUUCAGCCUCAGUAAAGUCAAAGAGAGGUUUUCUGAAGUGCAAGCAAAGUGUGAAGACAGCUGUCUGGUGCUCUCAUACCAGUGCAAAGAUGAAGAAACCCAGAAAUAUGGAAUACUGGAAGUAGAUGAUGAUCUUCGCGUCCUCUGUAUGAAGGAGAAACCUCUUCCUUCUGAGACAAAGUCAAGAAGAGCAUGUCCUUGCUUCUAUGUGUUUUCAAAGAAAAGCCUUCCUCUUGUGGAUACUUUCCUUGAGGAAAAGAAGGAUACUCCUAUUGAAGAGAAAGAUGCUCCAGGAAACUUUGUGUCUUGGCUUAUUCCAAGGAAACCAGUGUACAUUCAUCAGAUUUCUGGGCGUUUUGAUGUUGGAAACUUGCCUUCCUAUAUUGAAUGUGACCUGUACUUCAGAGAAAAACUUCAGGAUGUCCAGUCUUACAUGGUGUAGAAGAACCAUGAAUACAUAGAAACAAGUUAUUUAUUUUGCCAUGUUAAAAAAAAAAUCAUCCAAGAACAGAAGAAAUCAAAUGUGACAUCUUGGCCAAUUUUAGAAUGUCUGUAAAUUUGUCUGUAAAAGUUGCUUAGUCAGUAAGUGUGAAUGUUAACUGUAUGCAAUUUUAUAAAGGAUAUUUUCUAUUAAAAUCAUUUCUUUGAUCUA